AUGGCCCGUUCUAUGGUGGUGCAAGUCCUGGCCUUCUGCCUUUUGUCCCUCAAUUUUAUAUCUCAAUCUCUCAAGCGCCACUCUCUGACUGAGCAGCCACGAUUCUCGUCCUUCGUGGUGCUACUGCUGUCUGGAGGGUGGUGCUACGCCGCUAGUCAUCACUCCAAAUGGAUCGCCUUUGGAGACGGGCGGUCCUCUGCCAAGCGGCAUCAAGUCCGGGAUGGACACUCAGCGGGCUGCCCUUCAGAUGAGGCCGUGCUGAACGGUUCCAGCAGCCAUCUACCCGGGCACCCAAGGCGCUAUUCUCUGCCGGCUCUCAUACUCUUUAUUGUACUGCGGCUGGAGAUUUUCCACCGUGUCAACUACCAGCCGCGGUGUGCUAGUCCCGGGAUUGAGUCCUUUCUCUGCGUAAUUCUCAUUUGCUAUGAAGUCUUGUCGAAUCGACGGCGAUGGGGCGUUCCGCCGUCCGAGUACGUGGAUGACCCCUGGCGCAGUGUCUUUGACGAUCUGCACGAUUGGUUUACUGGGCCUCGGGUGACCAUGGUCUUGGUGCUCUCGAGCGCCUUCGUUUUCGCUACUGGCGCCUAUCUCGCUGCCAGCCAGAUAACGGAAUCAACCUUUACUUGCUUUUCUCCAGUCGACAGUCGACCUCUGACGCUUUUCCUCCAAAUGGUUGGCCUUGCUCUCGAUACUGCCAUCAUCAUUCUCCUCUGGCGAAUUCUUGCGUGGGCGAGGACUGUGAGGCUGCGGCUGCGGGUUUUGGCCAGCGUCUUCGCCUCUUCCUCGCUCGUCUUCGGGGGCCUGUGGCUCGGCAGCGUCAUCUUCGGGGGGUUUCGCAGGUUCAACGUCGCCUUUGGCUCGCUACACGGACUUGACUUCUUGAUGGACAGCGCUGCUCUCGCCACGUUUAUGUCGUCAGCGACAUUUUGGAUGUGCGAAACAUCCCCAAUCACCCCAAUAAGCGUCCUCACGUUCCUCGCUGGCACGUGGUGUUCCAGCCUCAACGUGCUUAGAAUGGGUGACUGGAUGCACCUAUCGCGGGUAGACGCUUUGCUGCCCGUCUGGUUCUUGGCGUUUGGGGCUGUUUUGUUUACUUUUUCUCAUGACAUCCGAUCCGUCAUCUUCGUCCCGCGCCUCCUGUUGACCUUUUUGUUCAUGGCGCUUCUCUGCGUGGCAACCAUUUUCACCUUCACCACGCAGAUGCCGACUUUUGACGACCGUCACCCGAUCUCUGAGCUCAUGUAUCAGGCCCAAACAAAGCACAGUCGCUGGCUGCUUGAGGCGGGAACAAGCCAGAGCCUUCCGGUGGCAGUCGACGUAUACCAAAAACGCCACGCCGACAGAGCGCCCCCUCCCAACUUUGACGAGUGGUACCGAUAUGCCUCUGAAUCUCUCAUCGUCGACGAUUUCGAGCAAAUGGACCGGGAUAUCGCCCCGUUUUGGGAUCUUGCGCCCGCAGAACUCCGAAGCAGAGCGGAUGCCAUGGCGGCUGAUACUGGCGUAGCUGUCAUCAAGGUGCAAAACGGCGAGGUUGCAAAGAGGGAUUCGGGCGAGGAUGCUGAGAACGCGGAUCUCGAAGAGCUGGAGGAGAUGAUCAAGCUAUUCUCCAGACAUCUUCCCGACAUGGUCUUGCCCAUCAAUCUCGGCCCAGCGCCACGUAUCCUCCCGUCGUGGGAUGAUAGAUGGCCAGAAGCAUCGAAUUCGAGCCUGGGUUCUCUGGAGACGAGAAGUGGAAGCAUGCCCGCCUACAUCCCGCGCAAGAACGAGCCCGGAUUGGAACAUUGGCCAAUUCUGCUCCGAGUACGUCUGUGGCCAGCCAGAUUUGAAGCACCUACACGGGUUUUUCCUGACUGA